AUCUCUCAGAGCCUGCAACGCGCCGCGCAUGUGGCAUCAGAGCGGUCUGCUAGCUUAUUGUAUAUAUUUUUGCCGGGGGACCCGCAGUUAACGGUUCUAAAUCCUGACAAAUGCUUUAGAAAAUUGCAAACAUGAAAAUCCUUACGAAUGAAAAGAAUCCGGCUGUGCUGAAGCUUUUGGUUUCAGCGAGCAUCGCAAAAACCAAAGUUUCCUGCGAAACCGUGUCUCUUGGUGAUAAAAAGCCAUGUGUAUCUCACUCUCUUCCAAUAUUGAUGCUUGACUCGGGCCUGGUGUUGUCAUCGGUAAACCAAGCUGCUCGAUUAAUCUUUCCUCCAAGUAAUCCCAUUGAAGGGGAAGUGGAUCAAUGGCUGGAAUGGGAGUCAGCUCAACUUCAGCCUGCUGUUAUCUACUGCAUUUCUAAUCCAGGGAAGAAAAAUGACCGUCUUAAAGCUCUUUUAACUUCUUUGGAUGUAGUUAUUGGAAAAAGUGAAACACUUGUCAAGGGUGGAAUUUCUGUCGCUGAUGUAUGUGUGUGGAGCACUUUAUAUCCUGUAGCAGCUGACCCAAAAUUAAGUAGUGAGUGGAUUGCUGAUUGUCAGAAUGUCAAAGCAUGGUGGUCCAAAUUGGAGUGUAGUUCUUCUUUCCAGACGGAAGUCAAGAAGUCAGGGGCACUACCAGGAAGUCAGGGUGUACAAAUUCUUUCCAGUUCUUCUUGGAAUGCUGUUGUUCUUCAACAAGGAACCAGUUUUGCAAAUGCAACUCCUGUUGAAUCAACACCAAUCGCCACAGGAAAGAAACAAAAGUUGAAACUUCAAGGAGGGAAGUCUGUUUCAGUUAUAGAAAAUGGAUUAGAGCAACUUAGCAUUUCAAUUACCUAUUUCGGGGGAGCGAAAUGUUCUUAUUACCUCAGCUCUUCCAUAUGUAAAUAAUGUUCCACAUUUGGGCAAUAUAAUUGGUUGUGUUCUAUCAGCUGAUGUCUUUGCUAGGUAUUGCAGAUUGCGUAACUACAACACACUAUAUAUCUCUGGUACUGAUGAAUAUGGGACAGCUACUGAGACAAAGGCAUUGGAAGAGGGUUUAACACCUCAAGAGAUAUGUGAUAAAUAUAAUGCUAUCCAUAAUGAAAUUUACAAGUGGUUCAACAUUGACUUUGAUCUUUUUGGAAGGACAACAAUACCAGAGCAAACUGAACUGACGCAGCAAUUAUUUUUGCGACUUCACAAACUUGGCUUUAUGCACACUGAGCCUAUGGAACAACUUCUAUGCCAAAAAUGUGACCGGUUUUUAGCUGACAGAUUUGUUGAAGGUACUUGUCCUAAGUGUUCUUUUGAUGAUGCUCGAGGAGACCAGUGUGAUAGCUGUGGGUCUUUGAUGAAUGCCACUGAGCUUCUCAAACCACGUUGCAAACUGUGUGGUGACACUCCUGUCAUUCGUAAUUCUGACCAGUUUUUCCUUGAUCUACCCAAGAUUGAGCCGAAACUGUCAGCCUGGUUUGAAAAAUCAAGUGCUGGCUGGACUCACAAUGCCCGCGUGAUUACUAAAUCCUGGAUGAAGGAUGGUUUGCGUCCUAGAUGUAUUUCAAGAGAUCUGAAAUGGGGAAUUCCUGUCCCAUUGGAGGGAUAUCGCAAUAAAGUGUUUUAUGUGUGGUUUGAUGCUCCUAUUGGUUACAUUAGUAUGACAAAGAGAUAUACUGACAAAUGGCAAGAAUGGUGGCAGCCCAAGAAAAAUGUAAAAGUGGACUACUUCCAAUUUAUGGCUAAGGAUAAUGUUCCAUUCCAUUCCAUUAUGUUCCCAUCCACACUUUUAGCCGCUGAUGAGGGUUAUACUGUAGUAACAAAUAUUAUGGCCACAGAGUAUUUGAACUAUGAGGAUGGAAAGUUUUCCAAGUCACGUGGAACUGGUGUAUUUGGUAACAAUGCUCAAGACACUGGUAUUCCUGCUGAUUACUGGAGAUUUUAUCUUCUAUUCGUGCGUCCUGAAUCACAGGAUUCCAGUUUUUCAUGGGAUGAUCUUGCUCUCCGGAUUAAUACUGAACUGCUCAAUAACUUAGGAAACUUUGUGAACAGGGCUCUAAUGUUUGUGGAGAAAACCUACAACAGUCAGAUUCCAGAGAUAACUUUGGAGGAAGACGAUAUUGUGCUAUUAGCUCUUGUUAAUAGAGAAAUAGCAUUAUAUUCAAAGAUGCUUGAAAAUGCUAAACUACGUGAUGGGUUACGUCACAUUUUGUCUAUUUCCCGCCACGGUAAUCAGUACAUUCAAUCACAGCAACCAUGGGUGAAGGCUAAAGGAUCACCUGAAGAACGAAAACGAGCUGGAACAAAUGUUGGCCUAGCAGCAAACAUUGCGUGUUUGUUGUCAGUCCUACUUCAGCCAUACAUGCCUCAUAUAUCAAAAGUAAUGCAGGAGCAAAUGAAUAGUCCAAAGUCUGUCAACAUUAUUACCGAUAAAUCAAUUAUGAUGCUUCCUCCUGGUCACAAAAUUGGAAAGCCUUCACCUCUCUUCACUAAAAUUGAGCCUACCAUGGCAGAAGAGAUGAAGAAGAAAUUUGCUGGAAAACAGAAAUCUCCACCUCCAGAAUCAACUGGAAAGAAAGGUGGAGCUGCAGUUAGUUCAGAUACUGUUGUCCAGCUUCAGGCUGCAGUUGACAAACAGGCCAAUCUUGUUCGAGAAUUGAAAUCAGCAGGCAAACCGAAAGCUGAAUGGCAACCUCAAGUUGCUACUCUUCUUCAACUAAAAUCUGAUCUUGCUGCCGCCCAGAAGAUUGCCCAGGAUCAAGCUCAGUCUAAGUCUGUACCAGCUGGAGGAACCUCUGAAACUCUUCAAUCACUGCAAGCUGCUGUGGAUAAGCAGGCAAAUGUUGUGAGAGAAAUGAAAGAAGCUGGAAAGCCUAAAUCUGAAUGGCAACCCCAUGUAGCAACUCUUCUCCAACUUAAGGCUAAUCUAGCAGCUGCUCAGAAAGCAGCGCCCUCCGCCCCAGUAGCUCCCAAAGCAGAACCAGCCAGCCCUCCUGCCUCUAACGUCAGUGAACUAGAAGAAGCUGUUAAACAGCAGGGUGAACUUGUUAGGCAAAUGAAAGGUAGUGGAAAAAGUAAAGAAGAAUGGCAACCAGAGGUAAACAAGUUACUUCAACUCAAACAGCAGUUGUCAGCUCUUCAGCCCUCAACAGCCUCUGCGGGUUCUGUAGAUAACAAACCACCUCAGUCAUCCGGGAGCGGCAAAAGUAAGAACAAGAAGAAGAAAUGACAUCGGCGUUAAACUGCACCAAAUUGGAGACAUGACAUAAAAUCAGAGGUGCAGUCUUUACCUGUCUUAAACGCCAGUGUAAACAAAAUAUCAAAUUUAGGGAAGCUUUCAGUGAAAAUUUAUUUAUUUAUCUUACUUGAAAGUACUUGAUUAAUUGUAAUCAUAUGAUGGUUGUGAUUUAAGGUUUCGUAUGAACUUUUAGUUGAAAGUAUUACUGCCCUUUCAUGUCCAAAAUGAUUUUCAGAAGAAAAUAGUUGACAUUUGAAUAAUGAGGCAUAAGGUGUCAAUGAAAUACAGCUAUUUUCUAAGACACAGAAUGUUUUUAUUGAGUAUUUUACAAUAAAAAUAUAAAUCACCAGUA